UCAAACCUCACUAAUCAUCACGCAGUCAAGAGGGAAUCUAGCGCUGACACACACAUUAAUCAUAUCAGUCGCUCAUCGGCUCUAAAUACACGAACGCUCACUGUUACCGUGAAAGAGGAUAGAGCCUCAACAAAGGUCAUAAACACACACUUGAAUGCUCACAAACCUCACAACUCUUGUCCCUGCAGACCUCCUGUGACUGUCAACCCACCCCAAACACACAAAAACAGCCUGUCAGAGAAGCUAGAAGCCACACAGGUGACAAAUACCAGAAUACCACACACAAACACUCACUUUAGAUCAUCUCACCAGCCAAACCCUGAUGAGAAACGACCAACUCAAAGAAACCAAGGAGCAACUACACACUCAGAGUCCCCCCAGCCCCAAAAUAAAACACACAUCAGACCUUUGCAAACUACUUUGAAACAACAAAUGUUCCCCCAAACUAGCAUACCGCAGAACUAUGCACUUUCGAAAUGCUCACGGUUAAAUCAGACAAGCACACUUUCGAAAUCCCCUGCCUGUUUUCAUUUACAUUCAAACGUUAAACGCCAAACUAUAGUGCAGAGUUGUGUGAAUGAAGGUGUCAUAUCCUCCACUGCUUCAAACAUUCACAGACAGGUUCAGUUCACUAAUGGACUAGAGUCCAAGUUUGACACGCACACUAAACCGUCAGUGUGCUCACACACAAAUUUCGGCAUUAAACCUCAAAGCGGGACGCAAAUCUGUGCUGACACAGAGUCAGAAUCAUCACCCUGUGAUUCACGUUCGCAUUCUGCACUGGUGACACACGCACAUAAACUCUCAGGGCCUCACGGUGAACCACGUCACGCAUCGAUACACACAGGCACUCCUUCGCCCACCGACACGCACAAGGAAGUUUCCCACACAUCCACACAGCGAACAAACACCAGUGGAACAUCACUGCAGGGUAUAUCCGUGCAUAAAGACGCACUGUCACAUCCUUAUCGUGAGUCAAAAAGCCAAAAUGACACUUGUUUGUUUUCACAUGCCCCAAAUAUGUCAACUCAUCACAAAGCAACACUUACGACACAAACAAUCAACCAUCAGAACCUCUCAAAUGCAUUUACCGCCACGCAGACGGAGGUGGAGGUGCAUUCGUACACCAAAGAACGUUCUCAAGCAAGCCCUGGGGUCAAAGCAGCCUCGCGCACUUUGUGUGUUCAAUCGAAAACGCCAUGUAGGCAGACAGAGCCUACGGUUUUCAGACGCUCUGUCCUGAAUCAGCUUAAUAAUGACACUCUUGAGUCCUCAUUACUAGCCAUCGCUUCCGCUAGGGCUUUUCCUCAAGCUACAACACACAAC